AUGGUGUACCAAAUUACAGUGGAACCCGGAAAAGACAGUAAAGAGCCCAGCGAAAGUCUUUACAACGCCACUACUCUACUGAAAGAACUGGCAAUAGACCAAAACAGGUCAAACCUAAUGAUAGCACAUGCCAAUGCGCAACGGUCUCUGGAGUUGCGGAAAACAUUGGAAUGUAUCCUUGCAAAUACAAAUAUAGCCAUCCAGGUGUGCACUCCUCAACGCCAACCUGCACCGAACAAGAGACAGCUAAAAAGGAAAGACCCAAAAGAACCUUCCACUGGCUUGGUGGUAUCAUGCGAAGACAAAGAGAAGACGUAUGCGGAGCUUUUGAUGGACAUUAAAAAUAAACUGCAAGUGGCAGGAGCUCUAGACAAAGUGACCUCCGUCAGGAAAACAAAAGCAGGUGACUUAGUCCUUUCAUUGAAAAAAGGUGAAACGGAAGUCAAAAGCAUCAUAACGGAGCAACUUCAGAGACCAAAUGCCCGUAUCGUGGAUCAUCGCAGAACAAUACUACAUGUUAGGCAGCUCGAUGCAAUAACAACAGCUGAAGAACUCCAAGAAAGAGUUCGCGCGGAGACAGGAAAUGAAGACGUAAAUGUCCGAUCCAUGAGACCGGCAUAUGGUGAGACUCAAUCAGCCACGGUUGAAGCCCGCACGGUUGAAGCAACCGCAGAGCACCUCUGUAAAAUAGGAAAUAGGUGGGAAUGGUGUACUGCUUUGUUAGCAGAAGAGGAUGUCUGGAGGUGCCAUCACUGCUGGAGUUAUGGACAUAUUGCAAAUAACUGCCGCGGCGAAGACAGAAGAAACAAAUGCUAUAACUGCGGACACGAGGGACAUAUAGCUAAUGCGUGCAAGAACCCAGCUUAUUGUCCUCUUUGCAAGGAAGACCACAGGGCAGGCACUGGAGUAUGCAGGCCAUUCGGGAAAGCUCUCAGACAGGCAUGA